AGUCCGGUACGGGGCGGGGCCAAGAUGGCGAUACCCGGGGAAGCGGAGAACCAGCGGCCAGGGUGUCCGCGGUCGUGAGGAAGGCGGCCGAGAGACGGUGUCUACUCCGUAAAUUGGAGGCGGUGGAGAGUGACGGGACUCCAGCUUUCAGGCCGCAGAGAGUGACCUGCAGUGGAGUUCUGUCCUUACAACUGGAAAACGGAGGGAGAAGGUUACUGGCUGGGUGAAACCGUUGUCCUUUGCUUGGCGGUGCUGAGGGACCAAGAGUCCAAGGCGUCCCUAGUCACCCCGGCUUUCCGGGGGCCUCAAGCCUGGAGACAUGACCCGAGAUAGCGCUCCUCCGACCCCGGGGGCGGGAGCUCCGCUGAGCGGUUCGGUCCUGGCAGAGGCGGCAGUGGUGUUCGCCAUGGUGCUGAGCAUUCACGUAACCGUGUGGGACCGAUACUCGUGGUGCGCUGUGGCCCUCGCAGUGCAGGCCUUCUACGUCCAAUACAAGUGGGAUCGGCUGCUCCAGCAAGGAGGCGCCGUCUUCCAGUUCCGAAUGUCUGCCAACAGUGGACUACUGCCUGCCUCCAUGGUCAUGCCUUUGCUCGGACUGGUCAUGAAGGAACGCUGCCAGGCUGCAGGGAACCCACACUUUGAACGUUUUGGUAUCGUCGUAGCAGCCACUGGCAUGGCAGUGGCCCUCUUCUCGUCAGUGUUGGCGCUGGGCAUCACUCGCCCCGUGCCCACCAACACUUGCGUCAUCUCGGGCUUGGCUGGAGGUGGCAUCAUUUACAUCAUGAAGCACUCGCUUAGUGUGGGUGAGGUGAUUGAGGUCCUAGAGGUCCUGCUAAUCUUCGUGUACCUCAACAUGAUCCUGCUGUACCUGCUGCCCCGCUGCUUCACCCCUGGAGAGGCAGUGCUGGUAUUAGGUGGCAUCAGCUUUGUGCUCAACCAGCUUAUCAAGCGCUCUCUGACAGUGGUGGAAAACCAGGGGGACCCAGUGGACUUCUUCUUGUUGGUAGUGGUGGUAGGGAUGGUGCUCAUGGGUAUCCUCUUCAGCACCCUCUUUGCCUUCAUGGACUCAGGCACCUGGGCCUCCUCCAUCUUCUUCCACCUCAUGACCUGCGUGCUGGGCCUUGGUGUGGUCCUGCCCUGGCUGCAUCGACUCAUCCGCAGGAAUCCCUUGCUCUGGCUCCUUCAUUUCCUCUUCCAAACAGAUACCCGCAUCUACCUCCUAGCCUAUUGGUCUCUGCUGGCCACCUUGGCCUGCCUGGUAGUGCUGUACCAGAAUGCAAAGCGAUCAUCUUCUGAAUCCAAGAAGCACCAGGCCCCCACCAUCGCCCGGAAGUAUUUCCACUUCAUUGUGGUAGCCACCUACAUCCCAGGUAUCAUCUUUGACCGGCCACUGCUCUAUGUGGCCGCCACUGUAUGCCUGGCAGUCUUCAUCUUCUUGGAGUAUGUGCGCUACUUCCGCAUCAAGCCCCUGGGCCACACUCUGCGGAACCUCCUGUCCCUCUUCCUGGAUGAACGAGACAGUGGACCACUCAUCCUGACCCACAUCUACCUGCUCCUGGGCGUGUCUCUUCCCAUUUGGCUGGUCCCCAGACCCUGUACACAGAAGGGUAGCUUCGGGGGAGCAAGGGCCCUAGUCCCUUACGCUGGCGUCCUGGCUGUGGGUGUAGGCGAUACUGUGGCCUCUGUCUUUGGCAGCGCCAUGGGAGAGAUCCACUGGCCUGGAACUAAAAAGACUUUCGAGGGGACCAUGACGUCUAUAUUUGCCCAGAUCAUUUCUGUAGCUCUGAUCUUAAUCUUUGACAGUGAAGUGGACCUAAACUACAAUUAUGCUUGGAUUUUGGGGUCCAUCAGUACUGUGUCCCUCCUAGAAGCGUACACCACACAGAUAGACAAUCUCCUUUUGCCUCUCUACCUCCUGAUAUUGCUGAUGGCCUAGUUGUUGUGCAGCAGUAGUGAUGGAGGAGACAGGAACAUGGGGAGUGUGAAUGGCCCCCACAGCAGCCAGCCACUUGGGUAUGAAGAGCCAAGGGGUGAAAAGAAGAUUGGACUUUUGGGUUGGUUCAAAUUUAAAAUAAAAAUCAAAGCUUUCUUGGUUUUAGUUUUGCUAAUGUUAAAAAAAAAAAAACGCUUAAAGAAUAGUGCAGCAGCUCAAAGAAUUCGAGUGUGCUGCAGACCCCCUCCCUCCACACACACACACACCUAGCAGUCCUCAGAAGGGGCAGGAGUGGACACCGGAGGGAGGAAGUAGAGCAUAGGGGUUAAUGCUUCAGGUUCUGGUGUCAGACUAAUCUGGUUAGAAUCCUUGGUUGUGGCACUUAACUGUGUGGACUCAGUUCUCCUGUCUGCAAGAUGAGAAUUAACAGCGCAUAUCUCAUGGGGGUGUUGUGAGGAUCCAGUGAGAUGAGAUAUGUAAAGUGUCCAGUCCAGGGCACGAUGAGCAAUCAGUGCGGGAAAGUGUCAUUAUAACCUGAGACCAGGUUCAUCGUAGCAAAAAAGCCAUGCGAGCCAAGGGGGCUU